UUGAAAUUUACUUCACUAAAUCUUGCACUUCUCCAGAAACAUGAGUAGAGGUUGCAGCUACGGCGGCGGCCAAAGUUCCUUGGGCUACCUCUUUGGUGCUGAUGAGAAGCCAAGUGCACCGACUGAAACGCCACCGAUCCAGCCUCCAUAUGGCAUAGAUAUUACCCCAGACAACCCUCCGUUGCAGAAUAAACCAUGUUCACAGAAACAGACUGAGAAAAACAUCAUCAACAACUAUCAUAGGGCUAAAGGACAGAAUUCAGGAAACUUCAUCACUGAUCGUCCGUCAACGAAAGUUAAAUCAGUUCCUGGCGGAGAUUCCUCUCUGGGUUACCUGUUUGGGGACAAGUGAUGCAAUAAUUCCUUCUUACAAGUAUAAGACAAGGAAUUGAAGAUAACAAGAUAAGUGGGUUUCAAAUACAUCUGUAGUGCUUAUGGUAAAUAAGGGGUUCAGUUUCCCCAUAUCAGUG